AUGGACAACAAAGACAUUGCCCUGGAAUCCGUAGAAGACUCUACGCAGCAGCGCAAUGACUCGAUGCCGCUACAUGAUCGCAAGCGCGAGCGCAGGGUCAAGCUAAAGCUUGACUUCAUCGUCUUGCCACUCCUUGCAACCGUCUACUUUCUUGCGUCGAUGGGACGUUCGGACUUGGGUAACGCCAAGAUCUCAGGCCUGGAUACCGACCUGAAGUUGACCCCCAGUCAAUAUUCACACGUAUCAAGCAUCUUCCUGGUCGGCCACUUGGUACUUCAGUUGCCUGGCACACUUUUGAUACGCAAGAUCGGACCACCAUUGCAGUUUGGUCUCGCGAUGCUUGGCUGGGGCAUAGUGACAGCCUGCACAGUCUUCGUGGAUAGUUAUGCAUCACUCAUGGUCACUCGAGCCCUUGUCGGUGCCUGCGAAGCUUUCUACCAAGGAGCAGUGUUCUACCUGUCGUUCUGGUAUACUUACAAGGAGCUUGCUACCCGGGGAGCAGUAUUCUAUUCCAUGUCUGCGCUGGCCGGGGCAUUCAACGGUCUCAUCGCUUAUGCAGUGCAGAAAAACCUAGCACACGUCAGCAGCUGGUCUCCAUGGCAGUGGUUAUUCCUUAUCGAAGGCGUUGUGCCCAUUGGCUGGGCGUUUGUGGUCUGGAUUUUCCUGCCUGCCACGCCAGAGAACACGAAGUUGUAUUUCAACGAGGAUGAAAAGGCCCUCCUCAUCGAGAGGAGUCGUCAAGCCUACAACACAGGCGAAUCCAAGAUCAUCCCAAAGUUGAUCCUGCGGGUGCUUCUCGAUCCGAAGUUCUGGUUUCUGGUGGUCGUCGAGUCCGCCACUCUCUUCUGCUUGUCAUCCCUGUCCAACUUCCUGCCUGCAAUCCUGCAUUCCUUCGGCUGGUCGACUGUCAAGUCACAGCUCAUGACUGUCAUUGUCUAUGCAUGCGGAUUUGCCAACAUUCUCUUCUCAGCCCGGAUAUCGGACAAGCUCCAGAAGCGCGGGAUUGUCAUCAUAGUGAACCUGAUGAUCGGUGCUGUCGGGUAUAUUCUCCUCCUCACACUAAAGGGAGCCUCCGGUCGAUUUGCUGGCGCUUGUAUUGUCGCGAUAGGAAUGUAUCCUAAUGUCGUGAUCGUAUUGACCUGGAUGGCGACGAUCAACAUCGGAUACACAUAUCGGGCCAGUGCAGCAGCACUGAUCAACUCCAUCGCCCAGGCAGUGGCGAUUGGAUCGAAUGAGGUGUAUAACGACCCACCGUACUACAAGAAGGGUCAUGGCGCGGCGUUGGGUAUGGCGGCCGCGGGCGUCGCAUCUUGUGGGCUGUUGCUGUUGCUCUUGCGGUAUGAGAACGACAAGAAGCGAAAGGAGCAGUUCAGUGAAAAGGCGACGGAGUUGAGGAACGUCUCGAUCGAUGAGAUCGGGAAUAAGCAUCCCGAUUAUUUUUUUUCAUACUGA